CCCCGCCAGGAAAGCAGCCGCCCGUGCCCCCACCUCCAUCUUCUCUCAGUCCAUCUUUCCCCUUCCCUCCAUAAAUCCCAACACCUCCUCUAAUGGAGGCGCUCGCUACCGCACCCGCGCCGUCACGUCCAGGCCUCCCACCCCCGACCCGCCGCUCUCAUCUCCGCCGCCCCAAAGCCCUAGCCACCUCCAAGCUACCUCGCCGCGUCAUCGCCGCCCUUCACAUGGACGGCGCCCGCGCCGCACCUCUUCGCUGCACUCCCGCCGAGACGGAUGCGGUGGCGACGGCCUCGGACCAGACUGAGACAGCGGCGGCGGCGGUCGAAGCCACCGAGCAGGGCAACAACGGGGCCCCAGCGGCGGACGCCCCCGCCGCCAGCAUCGAGGGGCUCGACGGGAUAAAGAUCCGGAGGCGCCCGGUGACGGGCCCGUCCGUGCACCACGUGGGCCCCUUCCAGUUCCGCCUCGAGAACGAGGGCAACACGCCGCGCAACAUCCUCGAGAAGAUUGUCUGGAACAAGGACGUUGAGAUUUGGCAGAUGAAGGAGAAAAUGCCCCUGUACAGGCUGAAAGGGCCGCUGGACAAUGCACCUCCGGCCAGGGACUUUGUUGCUGCGCUGAAAGCGUCGUAUGAUCGGACUGCUCUGCCCGCUCUGAUUGCGGAGGUUAAGAAGGCUUCGCCAAGCCGGGGGGUUCUCAGGGAGAAUUUCGACCCGGUCGAGAUCGCUCAAGCAUACGAGAAAAAUGGAGCAGCAUGCUUGAGUGUUCUUACAGAUUCAAAAUUCUUUCAGGGAAGUUUUGACUACUUGGAGGCCAUACGCAAUGCUGGAGUAAAGUGUCCUCUGCUGUGCAAAGAGUUCAUCAUUGAUGCUUGGCAGCUUUACUAUGCACGGUCUAAGGGAGCAGAUGCUGUUCUUCUGAUUGCUGCCAUCUUACCUGAUCGCGAUAUCAGUUAUAUGCUGAAAAUAUGCAAAAUACUCGGGAUGGCAGCUUUAGUUGAGGUGCAUGAUGAAAGGGAAAUCGACCGUGUUAUAGGGAUAGAUGGCAUUCAGCUUAUUGGCAUCAAUAACCGUAAUCUUGAAACUUUCGAAGUUGACAUUUCAAACACGAAAAAUCUUCUGGAGGGUGAACGGGGACAACUUAUAGCCCAGAAGGACAUAAUUGUCGUAGGCGAAUCUGGACUGUUCACGCCUGACCAUGUUUCGUUCGUUCAGGAUGCCGGGGUCAAAGCGAUUCUUGUCGGGGAGUCCCUCAUCAAACAGGAGGACCCUGGGAAAGCAAUCGCCGGGCUUUUUGGCAAAGAUAUCUCACCUGUGAGCAGUGCUGUGUAAAUAGGAUAAAGGGUAAGGAAUUAUGAAAUGCUGGGCCUCUCAUAUUUUGUAUAGAUGAACAGAGCGACAUGCGCUUUUGGAGAGUUUUUGUCAGCAAUUUUGUUUAUCUGGCCAGUAUAGGUGUUCUUCCCUUGCUGCCAUUUCCUGUAAGUUGUAACCGGCCUCUUUGUUCAAAGGAUGCAAUGCGAAGAGAUAUGAUCGAAUAA